UCUGGGCGGUGGCGGGCCGGCUCGAAGCUGCGCGCGGGCGAGGCAUGUCGGAGGGACGCGCGGCGCCGGGGAGCGCCGCGUCGCUGGAGGAGUUGAGGAGCUGGCCCGAGGAGCUGUGCCGCCGCGAGCUGCCGUCCGUCCUGCCGCGGCUCCUCUCUAUGUAUCAGCAUUCCGACAAUUGGAUUGAACAUAUUCAAAUUCUGAAAGUUAUUGUGGAAAUGUUUUUACCUCAUAUGGACCACCUGACACUGGAAGAGACUUUCUUCUCACAAGUGCUGCCAAAGACUGUGAAAUUAUUUGAUGACAUGAUGUAUGAGUUAACCAGUCAAGCCAGAGGACUGUCAAACCAUAAUUUAGAAAUCCAGACCUCUCUAAGGAAUAUUUUACAGACAAUGGUGCAGCUCUUAGCAGCUCUUACAGGAUGUGUUCAGCAUGUCUGUGCCACCCAGGACUCCAUCAUUCUAGAAAACAUUCAUAGUCUUCCUUCCUCAGUCCUACAUGUAAUCAAAAGUACAUUUGUACAUUGUAAGGAUAGUGAAUCUGUCUAUUCUGGGCAUUUACACCUAGUUUCAGAUCUUCUCCAGGCUCUUUUCAAGGAGGCCUAUUGUCUUCAAAAGCAGCUAAUGGAACUCCUGGAUAUGGUUUGCAUGGACCCUUUAAUAGAUGAAAAUGCUGAUAUUUUGAAUAUGGUAAUAGUUAUUCAUUCAUUGUUGGAUAUCUGCUCUGUUAUUUCCAGUAUGGACCAUGCGUUUCAUGCCAAUACUUGGAAAUUUAUAAUUAAGCAGAGCCUUAAGCACCAGUCGGUUAUAAAAAAUCAGCUGAAACACAGAGAUAUAAUUGCCAGCUUGUGUGAAGACAUUCUUUUCUCCUUCCAUUCUUGUUUACAGUUAGCUGAGCAGAUGACACAGUCAGAGGCACAGGAUAACGCUGACUAUAAAUUAUUUCAGAAAACACUCAAAUUGUGUCGUUUCUUUGCCAACUCUCUUUUGCACUAUACUAAGGAAUUUCUUCCUUUACUUUCUGAUUCUUGCUGUACACUGCACCAGCUUUAUCUUCAGAUACACAGCAAAUUUCCUCCAAGCCUAUAUGCUGCCAGGAUCUCUAAAGCACAACAGGAGGAAAUAGCAGGCACUUUCCUAGUUACACUGGACCCACUCAUCACUCAGCUUCUCACAUUCCAACCUUUCAUGCAAGUGGUUUUAGACAGUAAAUUAGAGCUGCCAUGUGACCUACAGCUCCCACAGUGUCUCCUGCUGGUUGUUGUCAUGGAUAAGCUGCCGUCCCAGCCCGACCACGUGCAGGCGCUGUGGUGCACGGAGAGCCAGCUCGCGGACGCUGCGGCCAGGGUAUCUCUGUUCAGAGCUGUUUUCUGCAGUUUUGAGCAGUGUGCCGGUGAGCUCUCUCUGCCUGUUCAUCUGCGAGGAGUACAGAGGAAAGGGCAAGUGGAAGUCGCCGUCACCCUGUACCAGCACGUUUGUGUUCAUCUCUGUGCUUUUAUCACUUCCUUUCCUCCCUCCUUGUUCCCCGAACUGGAUGUUGCUCUGUUGAAUGCUGUGCUCAGUGCUAAUAUGAUCACGUCUCUGUUAGCUAUGGAUGUGUGGUGCUUCCUUUCCCGAUACGGGACUGCUGAACUCUGUGCGCACCAUGUCACCAUAGUGGCUCAGCUGAUAAAGUCUUGCCCUGGAGAAUGCUACCAGCUCACCAACCUGUCCAUACUGUUGAGGCGACUCUUCUUCUUCAUGGCCCCACCCCAACAGGUGGAGUUCGUCCAGAAAUUUUCCCCCAAAGCAGCAGAAAAUCUGCCUCUCUGGCAGUGUAUUUCCCUCCAGGCAUUACCCGCUGAGCUCAGGAAACGAGCUGUAUGUGACGUCACCAGAGUUGGGAUUGCACGGUGUCGGGAAUGGCUCAGCAGUCGUCGGACGUGGGGAGAACUUGAAUCUUUGAACACGCUGCUGUCUGCAUUGCUCGCUGUAUGUAAUUCCGCCCGUGAAGCUCUGGAUAUUCCACAGCAAACUGCGAUUAUGGAAACUGGGAGUCAGCUCUGGGCUUUUUUAAACACUAACCUGGUAACAGGUCAGCCGCAUGUUCAGCAGACGCUUAGUCUUUUACUUCCACUAUUGGGAUUUUUCGUCCACACUCUAGAUCCUCAUCUGAUAAGUCAGUGUCACGGAUCUGCUUGUCUCAGGGAGGCGUCCUCGUCUCUCUCACUCCUCCAGGACAGUGCGGGUUCGUAUAUGGGGCUGUUGAUUCAGCCUAAAUCUGUUCUUCCUUGUCUCCUGAUCCCGAAUAGUCAAAACUUUUUUUUAACUGCUCCAGAACAUCCCUGAGGUUAGGAGUCAUGGAUCAUGUGGGAACCCCACAUUCAAAACAGGCAUUCCAGCAGCUGUGGGAGUAUGGAAUAUAACCGAUGUGGACUUAAGGGUAAUCCUCAUUGUCUCUUUGAAGAAAUAGCAUGAUUUUGAUGUUAAGAGACUACUGAGUUUUCUGUCUGGCCCCCAGCUUGCAUGGCUGGGACAGGCAGAACAGAGGUCACUGUCAGGGGAUGCUUUUGAUGAUGGUCUGACCUGCUUUUGGAGGUGAUAGAGGAAAAGGCACUUUUCUGAAGUUAGAGGAAUUAGUCCAUACUGGGCAGAAUUGAUCCCCAAAUCAAGAGUUGGCCGAAGCUUACAGACAUGUUUAGAAAUAAAGUUAUGAGGUAAAACGAAUUCCUAUUUAGGAAGAUGAAACUAUUAAUGGUUUGUUUUAGUAGCUUUGUUAGUGGUUGUGUACAUUAAGAACUUAGCAUUACAAAUACUGGUUAGGUUUUUUUUUUUCUUUUUUUUUUGGUUAGGUAUAUUUUUAAAUUACUGUAUGUAUAACAUGAAUUACUGAACUAUAGAGAAUGAGAAUGCAGUAAAAUAAUGGAUUCAAACUGGAUUCUGACAGCUCUAGUAAUCUUCUUUGAGAGAUUAUAUAUGGAGAACUUUGAUAGAAUUGUGCCUACUUUUAAAAAACCCAAAUAACUAAAGCUCUAAAAUUUCAGCAUAACUAAAUUGUUCACUUAGGCAUUGCUUCUUUUAUGGACGACUUUCUGUGUUCCUUUGAGUCAGGGGUUGGCGAACUCUGGCUUCCUAGCUAGAUUCUGCCCUCCUGUUUACAGGACAAGAGCUAAGGAGGAUUUUUGCAUUUUCAAAGGUCUGUGAAAUAAAAAUGAAAAAAUAAACAAACAGUAUGCAGCAAGGAACAUAUUACCUAUAAAACCUAAAAAAUUGACUGACUGGCCCUUCAUAGAAAGUUUGCCAAUCCCUGCUUUAAAUAGUGAACUUCCCUCAUUAGAAUUUAAAAUACAAAACAAUUUUUAAGGAUUUGAAAGAAGAGCACUGGUAUAUAGUUUCUCAGGAACACUUUUUUUUCUUUACAGCAGUUGGUAGGAGGAACACUGUAGUAAGUGCGUCAUUUGAUCAUUUUAUUCAAAUUCUACAUAUGUUUAGGUUUCGUAGUGUUCGACUCUUGGAUUUUGUUGUGUUUCCCCUCCCCACAUGCCCAUCAGAAUAUUCUUAUGUCUCUACAAUAUAUUUAUUUUCAUUUAUAACUGUUCUUUGGUUUUUACCACUUUAGGUAGUAACUUUGCAGACUUCACUGCUUAAAUUAGAGCCUCCUGACCACGUUUGUUUGGCAGUGCUUGAUU